GGUGGACUGCUGGAUAGAGAAGCCCGGGUACCUGGUUGUAACUGCAUUCUAAUUUUGCCAAGAACAUUACUCCAGGAUCUCGCAAGCCGCGUACUUUCAGAAAAGUGUGGUUACGCCAAAAACUGGGUCAGGGCUUGCCUUGAAAUCCUUCCCCAGGCCUUGGAGCGACCUUGUAUAAAACUAAGACAACAUGCCAGGAGACGUUCAAGCCAACGGGGCUGAAGUCUCAGACGCCAUGUCUGAUAAUGAUAUGGAGCCUGACGAAGCUAACCAUACCGUCAAGGACGAGAACGACAAUAUGCUUGAACAACAUACAUCACCUGAGGCUGGGGCGGAAACUUCCACCGAGACCAAGAAGAAGUACGAUCCCAAAGACCCUCAUCGUCCUCGGCGUAAAAAAGCAAGACGUGCGUGUUAUGCUUGCCAAAGAGCCCAUCUGACGUGCGGUAAGUCUCAGCCUCCACAUGUAAAUUCCGAUAACUCCAUCAGCCUCUUCUGCGCUCGCCCCCGCACAUAUUGACCCCCACGGAUUCAAUUGCGCUUUAAACCAACGAAGACGCCGGCGCUACAAUCGUGAACUUAUACUCACUGGUGAAUGUAGGAGACGAGCGACCCUGCACGAGAUGCGUUAAGCGUGGCCUCGGCGAUGCCUGUC